ACCCAUUCAUCAGUUAUCGAACAUAUCCCAUUAAGACAAGUUCAGCUCUCCUAGCUACUCAACUAGAACAAUGAAGUGCGACGCAGUCAUUGAAAAGAUCAAGGCUCGUGUGUCCGGAAUCGAUGCCGCAGGACCCCGUAAGGUUCUUGGAGUGUUCCAGCUGACGAUCGAAGCUGCCGACGGUAGCCACGAGCUUGUGGUGGAUCUGAAGAACUUGAAGGUCUCCGAGGGUAAGGUCGCCGACGCUGAUGUCGUGAUCGUUCUGAAGGAUGAGGAUUUCAUUGCUGUGGGAACCAAGGCUAUUUCGGUUCACGAAGCUGUCGAGCAAGGCAAGCUGAAGAUAACCGGAGAUGAGGCUCUCUUCCAAGCGCUGGUGGAUGCUAUCUAAAAAGUUGCGGCUGGAGAAACGUUCAACGGUACGACGGGAGCACUCAACGUGGAUCGAAUUGAUCAAGAUGUGUUUAAUUCUGGGACGAUAAUGACGCGAAAUAAAUGGCGAAUGAAGAACUAAGGCAAGCUAUGUAUCUAGUUCUAAAUUUGCAGAAUGAUUGAAUGUAGCUGUAGCUGAUUGUAGCACACAUCAUUGUUCAAUGUAAAUAAAACUCAAAAUAUACGACUUUUUAAAAUCAGAGUUAUUGAAUAAAUUUAAAUAUGAACAUUAAAAUAAUCGACUGGUUAUGCUUUGAUUCCACAAACUUCUUACAUUUUUGAGUAUCAUAUAAAACGGAAUAAAAAUGUAGUGAAUCAGACUUUUUGAUAUGAUAUAAAGUAAUAUUGUUCCAAAGAUGUGUGUUGUAUUGUGUAGAAAUGUUGUUACGAAAAAAAUAACAUUAUUGACAGGAUUCAGAUGAGUGGACGAGGAAAGUAAAUCAUAAGGGCAAAUUCCAUUAAUUUAUUACUAUGUAGAAGUUAGCUAUAAACUUCAACCGUAAAACUCGGACUUGGACGUCCUUCGCUGUCCUACUAAUAUUUUAGAUAAAGGGCAAAGGCAAAAACA